CGAACUUGGACUUCCGGAAGGACUUUGGUGAGGGGGCAACCAUUUUAGGGGGUGCUGAUGGAUACCUGCGGGGUCGGCUAUGUCGCCCUGGGGGAGGCCGGCCCCGUGGGGAACGUGACUGUAGUGGACUCUCCUGGACAAGAGGUGCUAAAUCAGCUUGAUGUCAGGACCACUUCAGAAACAGCCAGUACAGAGGCUUCCAUAGAGAUGUCUUUGCCUACCUCUUUGUCUGGAUUUGAGGGUUCUCUUGAUGAGAAAAAGCUCCUUCCAGAACAGGAAAGCCUAUCCAGACUGGAACAGCAAGAUCUUUCUUCAGAGAUGUCAAAGGUCUCGAAGCCUCGGGCCUCAAAGCCUGGCCGGAAGAGAGGUGGUAGGACACGGAAAGGCCCCAAAAGGCCCCAACAACCUAAUCCUCCAUCAGCCCCUCUGGCUCCUGGUCACUUAGAUCCAUCCAACCCUCUGUCCACCCCCAUGCCUAAGAAACGAGGUCGAAAGACCAAGGCAGAGCUGCUACUGCUGAAGUUGUCAAAAGGCCUAGAUCAGCCAGAGUCUCCAGCUCCAAAGAGGCCCCCUGAGGACUUUGAGACUCCACCUGGGCAACGACCCCGCCGAAGGGCUGCCCAAGUGGCCCUUCUGUAUCUUCAGGAACUGGCUGAAGAGCUGUCAACAGCCCUGCCUGCUCCAGUGUCCUGUCCUGAGAGCCCCAAGGUGAGCAGCCCCACCAAACCAAAGAAGAUCCGGCAACAGUCAGUCUGUCAAGGUGGAGAGGAAGAGGAUGACACCACACGAGAUGAAGACUUUGUUCUCAAGGUUGAGGCUGAAGAUGGAGAAGAAAGUGAGGUCCCAAGUGAGAGCUCAUCUGACCCUGAGCCUGCUGUGCCCCGAAGCACCCCACGAGGAUCCACUUCAGGGAAGCAGAAGCUGCACUGCCGGGGCACGGCUCCAAAUGGCCUGUCCAAUCACAUCAUGGCUCCUGUCUGGAAGUGCCUCCAUCUCACCAAGGACCUCCGAGAACAGAAGCAUUCCUACUGGGAGUUUGCAGAAUGGAUUCCUUUAGCCUGGAAGUGGCACUUGUUAUCUGAACUUGAGGCAGCUCCCUACCUGCCCCAGGAGGAGAAGUCUCCACUGUUUUCUGUACAACGUGAAGGACUUCCUGAAGAUGGCACACUCUACCGCAUAAACAGAUUUAGCUCGAUCACAGCACACCCAGAGCGCUGGGAUGUGUCCUUCUUCACAGGGGGACCUCUCUGGGCUCUGGACUGGUGCCCAGUGCCGGAGGGGGCAGCAGCCUUGCAGUAUGUGGCCCUUUUCUCCAGCCCUGACAUGAAUGAGACACACUCACUGAGCCAACUUCAUUCGGGUCCUGGGCUACUCCAGCUCUGGGGCCUUGGGACCUUGCAGCAAGAAAGCUGUCCUGGCAACAGGGCUCACUUUGUCUAUGGGAUUGCUUGUGACCACGGCUGCAUUUGGGACCUCAAGUUCUGCCCCAGUGGAGCAUGGGAACUUCCAGGCACCCCUCGGAAGGCUCCUCUCCUGCCUCGGCUGGGUCUCUUGGCUCUUGCUUGCUCAGAUGGGAAGGUGCUGCUGUUCAGUCUGCCCCAUCCUGACGCCCUGCUGGCACAGCAGCCCCCAGAUGCAAUGAAACCCGCCAUCUAUAAGGUUCAAUGCGUGGCAACCCUUCAGGUGGGGUCUGUGCAAGUAUCAGACCCCUCUGAGUGUGGUCAGUGCCUUAGCCUGGCCUGGAUGCCCACCCGGCCCCACCACCACCUGGCUGCUGGAUACUAUAAUGGCAUGGUGGUUUUCUGGAACCUUCCCACUAACUCGCCCUUGCAGCGGAUACGGCUCUCUGAUGGCUCUUUGAAGCUCUACCCCUUCCAGGGUUUCCUAGCCCAUGACCAGGCUGUGCGUACCCUUCAGUGGUGCAAAGCCAACAGUCAUUUCAUAGUGUCUGCAGGGAGCGACCGGAAAAUCAAAUUCUGGGACCUUCGACGACCUUAUGAACCAAUAAACUCUAUCAAGCGCUUCUUGAGUACAGAGCUGGCCUGGCUGCUCCCCUACAAUGGUGUCACUGUGGCUCAGGACAACUGCUAUGCCUCUUAUGGACUCUGUGGAAUUCAUUAUAUUGAUGCUGGUUACCUUGGUUUCAAGGCCUACUUCACUGCUCCUCGAAAAGGCACUGUCUGGAGUCUUUCAGGAUCCGACUGGCUUGGGACAAUAGCUGCAGGAGAUACAUCCGGGGAGCUCAUUGCCGCUAUAUUGCCUGAUAUGGCACUGAACCCAAUAACUGUCAAGCGACCUGUAGAGCGAAGAUUUCCUAUAUAUAAAGCAGAUCUGAUGCCGUAUCAGGAUAGUCCUGAAGGUCAAGACCACUCUUCUGCUGCAUCUGGAGCCCUCAACCCACCCAAGGCUCGAACUUAUGCUGAAACCGUCAACCAUCACUACUUGCUCUUUCAAGACACAGAUUUGGGUUCCUUCCAUGAUCUGCUCCGUAGAGAACCAGUGCUGCGUAUGCAGGAGGGAGAGGGGCAGGCUCAGCUCUGUCUGGACAGGCUGCAGCUGGAGGCUAUUCAUAAAGUACGUUUCAGCCCAAACCUGGACUCCUAUGGAUGGCUCGUAUCUGGGGGGCAGUCAGGGCUGGUUCGGAUCCAUUUUGUCCGUGGACUCACCUCCCCAUUGGGCCACCGUAUGCAGCUUGAGAGCCGAGCCCACUUCAAUGCUGUGUUCCAAUCGUCCUCCUCUACUAAAGGGCCUGGCUUCUCUUCAACCAGCCAUCGCCUUCUGCCCAGUCCCUAGUCAUGGUCCACACAAGACCCUUGAAUGAGGUCUGCCAAGAACAAAUGGCCCCAUGCAUAGACCAUAGAAACUGGGGCCUUCUUGGACAGUGAUGCUGCCAGGCCUGGACCUUUAGACCUGCCUCCCAGGAUUCCUUAGAUACCUCUCCUUCCAUGGAUUUCACCUGUCAUCACGGCCCCCUGUGGGCAGGGAGGCUUGCCCUCCACAAACUCUCAAGGCUCCUCAGCCUAAAACUGGCUCACAAGAAACACUCAGGCCUGAUCUAGGCUUGGGAGUCAAAUUGCUCAUAUUGAGCAUAUUGUGAAGUGGGUAAAGCUAAGUAAAGGUACUGGGUGUUUUUGAGACCACAUGUGAGUGGGUGUUUGGAAAACUGGAAAGAGUAUCUGCAUGAAGGCUUCUGACUAUAUUCCAGGAUCCAGUAUUACUGCCUUCCCAGCUUCCUGUUUAGAGAAACGAACAUGCAAGCCCAUGGGAGCGGGGGUAGUAAGUUGUUGGACUGAAGCUGCUUAUAGUAGUUCUUUAACUGAGGAACACCACAAACACAACCAAUAGAACAGUGGUUCAGAUCUUACUUGCUCCUGCUUAGGAAAUACUCCUGAUCACUGGUCAUCUGACCCUACUUGAACACUCCUAGACAGUCAUGUUUUAAAAAUCUUUAUAUCCAGUCAGAGUAUACCUCUAGAUUUUACCAUUGGUGUUAGGAAGUCUAGUAAUUCUCACCUGUGAUUGAUUGCCCUUUUAAGUGUUUAAAAUAGCUAUCAUGUGUUUCCCAAGUCUUCUCUAGAUUAAAUAUCUUCAGUUACCUUAA